GUUGCUCAGUUCAGUGGUUGUUGUUGUUAUUGUUAGUUAGUUUAGUUAACGUUUAAGUUAUUUACCUAUUCGAAUUAUUUUAUUCUUUAAUAAUUACAUUGGUACAGGCCUACGAUUUGAUGAUGAGCCCAGUUAAGAAACUGAACCUUUUUAUUUAUCAAUAGGAACUUUACCUAACUUCCGAAGAUUUUAUUCGUUUUGUUUGGUAAAUUUAAUUGGAUAAAGGACUGAAAUAUAUAUUUUUCUUCCUAUAUUAAGCCUAAAUAGUCCACUUAUAUCCUUGAAAAUGUCAGUUAACUCUGAAAGUGUGGAUGUUGAUGAAAAAGUACCAAAAGCCAAUGUUAUCAACUCAAGACUAAAUAAGCUGUUUGAUUCUCGUUUUGAAAAUGAUAAGGAAACUUUGGAUGCGUUAAAAGAACUCUCUGUGUUUUUUACUGAAAAUACUAUACAAACUCGAAGAAGCCUAAGGAGUAAAAUAGAGAAAAGAAGUCUAAGUAUCAAUGAGGACUUUUUAUCAGCAUUUAGAAAAGUCAAAGAGGCUCUUGACAAUAUCUAUCUUGAUGUCACUGAUAUGAAUAAAGCGGUAGAAACAAUGACGGCCCAGCUACAGGCCACCAAAGCUCAGACACACCAGCUCAUAGAGCACACCACUAAACUUCAGGCUGAGGGCCAAAAACUGACAAUGCAGCAAGAGGUGGCUCAAUCAUUUUUGAAGAGUUUCCAACUGACACCUGCCGAGUUGUCAGCCCUGCGAGAGGCCAACAUUACUGAAGAGUUUUUUGCCGCAUUGGACAGAGUUCAAACAAUCCAUGCCAAUUGUCGCACACUGAUGCAGUCAGGACAUCAAACAUCAGCUUUGGACAUCAUGGAUCAAAUGGCUAUGUAUCAGGAGACGGCUUUGGAGAGACUGUACCGCUGGGCCCAGACACAUUGUCGUAACAUCGAGGCUCCAGGAAUCAACCAACUGCUGAAUCAGGCCAUGGCCAAACUCCAGGACCGACCUGUGCUAUUCAAGUAUGUGCUGACAGAGUACUGCACAUGUAGAAGAGCUGUCCUCGUACAUUUGUUCAUUGAUGCCCUGACCAAGGGAGGACCCGGUGGAACGCCCAAGCCCAUCGAGGCACACGCUCAUGACGCCAAGCGCUACGUGGGCGACAUGCUGGCCUGGCUACAUCAGGCUAUACCAGGCGAGAGAGACAACUUACUGACUCUGCUGAAAAACUGUGACACCAAGACUGAUGUCAGUGAGGAAGUACAGCAAGCUUUGUCUAACAUAUCUGAGGGUGUCUGUCAUCCCCUGCAAGUAAGAGUAGAUCAGAUCCUUGCUACAGAUACAUCUGUUGUAUCCUUAUAUCAUGUAUCCAAUUUGCUGCGGUUUUAUUUGCAGACGUUCAACCAGGUGGUACCUGGGAGCAGCCUGGAUGCAACACUCUCCGAGCUCCACUCAAACAGUGAGAAGGCUUUCUUGUCCACACUUCAAUCUCAGGUUAAGCAGCAACUCCUUGAGAAGGUGGACGCUCCUCCCCCUGACUUGUCACCUUCUCCUGGUAUUCCACCACUGCUCACACUCCUCAAGGAGAUCAUCUCCAUCGCCAGUGUAGCGGAAGGAAGACAAGAUGAUAUAAACAAGGUAGUUUCUUGUGUGAUGGACCCACUGCUCCAAGCCAUCACACUGAGUGCCUCAAGGCUUGCAGCUACUGACAUGGCUGUCUACCUUCUUAAUUGCCUACACCUCAUGACUACUACUCUGGCACUUUAUGAGUUUAUGGAUGAAAGGCUUGAACGACUUAAGGCGCAGUCUGAUGCUCAGCUAGACACCUUGACCUCAGAACAGGCUUCCUCUCUAGUGGCCAACCUCAACCUGGGACCCAUCUACACAAUCCUCCAGGAGCAAGGCAAGGGACCUUUGUCACAGGUGCCUGGCAUGGAGCCGGCAAACCUCAACAACUUCCUGGGUAAGCUCGAGAGUCUGCUGAAUGUACCAGACAUGUUCAGUUUGCCUCAGAUGGAAUGUUUGCUCAGUAACGCUCAUCGCUCGGUUGUUCAGCGUCGAGCAACCCAAGUCAUCACAGCCAUCUACACUCAGCUGUACAAUGCAGUUCACAAUCCGGACAAUCUGUACGCCAACCCUUCCCAGCUCAUGUCUCGCACCCCUGAGCAAGUGACGGCUACUCUACUCGGCUCAUAGCAUAAAAAGAUUGUCACUGUUAUAUAAGUUAUUUGCGAGUUAUCAAGAGCCCUAAAAUUUUUCCAAUGCAAAUGAAGGUGAUGUAAAGGAGAAAUUGUGAAUGAAUUUGUCAAAUAUAAUACAUCAACGCAAAAACAAAAUUGAACGAUGCAGCGGCAGCCCAUCUGUUGCACAUGAAAAAAGGUGGUAAAAUAACACUCAACAUUGUUGUUCCCAUCAAUAUGCAUCCUCGUCGAUACUCCUACCUCACUUGCAUAGAAGAAAUGUUAAAAGUGGCCCUCUUGAAAAGACCAAUUUUUAACUCUAGUUCAUUUUUGUUGAAGGCGAGAUUAUGUAAUUGAACAGACCAUUUCAGACAUUUAUUUUCCAUCAAAAUUAGUAAAAACUAAGUUUUCACUUAUAGCUUUAGCAUCUGGAAUCUGAUCCUGUCCUGCAUAGAGACGAUUGUUGUAUAGCAAGACAAAACAAAAAAUAUAAGAUCCUGAGAUGAAACCAUAACAAGAUGGCAGCUCAAGCAAGACACAAGGUUUAGCUAGGUUUGUGCACUAAUCUUGUCAUGUUAUAGGGACUUUCUCAUCCGAGGACAGUGAUUAGUUUCCAGAUCCUGAACAACUGUUGUAAACUUACUAACAAUGAUAUAAACUGUUGUGUUGUUUUUACAUUAGGCUAGUUAAAUAAAUUUUGAAAUAUUUUGAUAAAGUUUGUUUUUCAAGAAAAAAAACAUUUAAGCUUCAUCUUUAUGCGUAGGCUUUCGCGGCUGGUGUCAUUGAAGUCCAUGGUGAUGGUUUUCGGCGUCAACCGCGUUGUCAGUUGUAUUUAUUUUUUGAAAUGCAACUGACGACGUGGUUGAUUCCGAAAACCAUAACCAUGGAUUUCAAUUUAAGCUUCAUGUUACAUUAAGUAAAAAGAAAUGGAUACACAUCUAAUUCGCAUAAGAAAAAAGUUCCAGACAGUUUAUAGCAUUGAAGAAGUUUUCAAGACAAUUAGAUUCAUAAUUCACCCACUUGGAGUGAGUGAAUAUCUAUUUCAUUGUGCUGCAAACUUUUUGUCAGCUACUAACUGCCUGGGCCUAGGGCUAGGUGAGUCAGUAGUGUAUCCAGUCCUUCUUCAUCAAUGUGUAAGAAUUGUAUUUGCUUGUUGAAUGUUUGAUUGAAAUAAUAUCCAUAUUCAAUCUGUAGUUAUAUACAGUUGUUGCCACGGGCAGCCAUCAAUAUGGAGCCCCCUCCCAAUUAUUAUACCUCACCAACAAUCAAUGUUAAAUAAUAAAAAAUAAGGAAGAGGCAAGAGAUAGAGAUGAGUGGAGGUGUUUUGUUGGGGAGGCCAAAUACCACUUGGAGUACCAUAGGCCACUGCAGUAAGUAGGCCAGUUAGUAAAUUUUAAAAUGUUUGGAAAAAACAAUAGAUUGACAAAGGAAAUUUAGGUAGGCUACAAAAAUAUAUGCACAUGGAAUCUACAAAUUUGUACCUACAUUUUAUCUGUGGUAGGACCUCUAGACACCCUUUUUAUUGGGGUUAUUCUGUACCCUCAGACCCUUGGCUUAGAAAAAUUAGAUGGACGCCCAUGGUUGUUGUUCUAAAAUUUUGUAAAUAGGCUAUAAUAAAUAUAUUUUGGUUACUCAUA